AUGCCUCCAAAACCUCAGUCAACGAAGAAACCAGUCAGUAAGCCAACAGUCACAACAGCAGCCACUAAAGGUGGAGCUGGGGCCAUCAAGGGAGGUAGUGGUGGACUAGGUCGUGGACGAGGAGGAUCACAAACAAAUGGCACUAAGAAAAGUGCUAUUAAUCCACCUGGGUACCUGGAAAGAAAGUGGGGGCAAAAGAAACAGGAAUAUGAAGACACAAUUGAGAGAUUGCAAAGAGAAGCAUUUGUACAAAUAGUUCGAAUGGAACAAGAAAGAGCAGUAAGGAGGAGAAAGAGAGGAAGAGUUAGAAGAAAGAGAAGAGAAGAAGCAGCUCGUGUUAAACAAAUGCUUGAAGCUGCUUUUGAUGGUGACAAUGAUGAGAUUAAUAAAUUACUGCAAGAGGUACUUGUUCAUUCUUCCACUGGAGAUGCUAUUAUUAAGAGAUUACAAUACAAGUUAAUUGAUUGUACUGAUCCUAAUCACAAUACUCCGAUAUCUGAAGCAGCUGCUGGAGGCCAUUCUGAGACAAUUAAGUUGUUAGUAUCUUUAGGGGCAAACCCUAAUGGAAAAGGUCAGUAUGGGCGUACACCUCUUUACAGAGCUGCCUUUGGUGGUCAUGGUGAAGCUUUAAGGUUACAAAUUGAGAUUAAAGAAGCUGAGAAGGAACAUUCAGUAAAACAGAAAGAGCUACAGGCUAUUCAUGAUGCAGAAGAACACUUGGAAAGAUGCAAAAUUGCAGCAGACAAUGCAAGGGAGAAACUUCAACAGGUGAGCAAAUGCAUUAGAUUUGGAAGAAGAAGUAGAAAGACUGAUGUUGUUAUAAACAUACGAGAGCUGGAUGAUGUAUUAAUGAAAGAUGUUGGAGACAAAAUAGCACAGAGCAAUAAGUGGCCAUUGAUUAUUGAUCCUAGCAAACAGUGCACUACAUUCUUAAGAUAUAGAGAUACUAACUAUUUGAGUGUAGUCAAUCCGAAACACAUGGAGCCUGAGAUUAUUAGAAUGAAUCUACUUGGUGCUAUCAGGUUUGGCAAGUUUCUUGUACUAGAUUUACUGGAUAUUGAAGACAUGUGGCCAGUGGUAAUAAUGAAGUUUGAACAAGUCCAACAGAACCUGCUACCCUCGCUCUUAAACAAAGAUUUUUUAAAGGAAGAAAGGUAUCUCAAGUUGAUUUGUGAGGGAGAUGGUGAAUUAUAUUCAGCUACUCAGUUUCUAUCUGCCAGGAUUGGCAACUUCAAGCUGGUUAUUUUGACACAGUUAUCUAACCCUCCAGUUGAGAUAAAGGAGAUCUCCCCUAAAGUGGCUGCUCUUCACCUUUGA